AUGGAAGAAUCCAACGAGGAGCCGGGCUUCACAGAGUCAAAUCCACAGUCACCAAACUGCCCACCAUCGGCAGACGUAAGGUUUCGCUUCGGCAGUCGAACUAUCAAAGCUACCGGUUCCAUCUCCGAUUAUUUCCAUCCCCAUGUCCUACGUCUAAAGAUUCAUCGAACACCACUUCAACGAGUCAUCCAGUCGUUGUUCUCCAUCGUUUCGAGAGCAGGUGGUGUCUGGCUGCAGAAAAGAUUCCCAGAGUGGUUCCUGCCAGAGAGGAUCGAAGACGAUUUUGACCAGGAAGUGGCGGCCUACAACAAACUGCAUCGCCUUCAAGGCACUACCAUCCCUCGACUCCAUGGCGUGGUCGACUAUAAUCACACUCGCGCCCUCAUUCUUUCAGACGUUGGGGGAUUCUCUCUCGCAACACCACGGGCCGCAGUGCUAGACAAGCAGGAUCUUGAGCCUCUCUUGUAUGGUGCCCUCAAGUCCCUUGCUGAGUUGGGCGUUUGCCACGAUGACACCAAACUCGACAAUUUUCUCCUCGUGACUGAUGAGGGAAAGGAUAAGAUUAUGGUGGUGGAUUUGGAAUCGGCAGAUUUCGAGCUAUCCGAGGACGAUCUUGCCUGGGCAACACAGACCAAAACGAACUGGUUAAUGCGGCAGUACCAGAAUCAUCUGGAGUGUAUGGAGUAUGACGGCGUGCUUCUACCCCCCAAGCGGCCCCUCAGAAAGUAA